AGUAUUUUCAAGGAUGUAUGAAGCUACUGUUGUUUCUUUAAAGGCAGUUACUAAUCGAACUGAUAAUUCAAACAACCUUGAUAUGUUUAAACAUGUCCCUGGGCUAUCUAGGAUUCAAAGUGAAGUUGUGGUUUCAGAGUGUGCAGCUACAGGUUCCCAAAUGUCAGCUGGAGCAGAACAAGAUGCUUGUGGGAGUUUGAAAAAUGUUGUGCAAGAAAAUAUGGAGACCAAAACUACUGGGAAAGCAAAUGGUAGUGCAGAACCUAAGGAUAUAUUUGUUGAAUUAAUUGAUAAAGCAACAAAUGUUGAUGCUACCAAUGAGGAACAUCGUGUAGAUGUUAUGGAAUUGGAGUUUGCAGCAUCUGAUACAAAGGGUAACAAGAGUAACAACUGGACAGUAGCUAUUGAAGCAGCUGCUGCAGCUACUAUUGUUUCGAAGCUGGAUUGUACUGUUGCUUUGCAAUCUCCUAUUGAUCGAGUUGUAUCUACGAGUGAUAAACAUGAUGUUGUGAUUGAUCUUCUUGAAAGAACAGCAAAUCCUAUGGAUACUAAUGUUGCAUUGAAGGCAGUCCGAGCAGAUACCUCUAACCAGCCUGAUAUGGUUCAACAACAAGGUGGUGUGACUGUUUCUAUAGGUACAGCUGCUGUAGAUGUCUCUAAUGCUGCCUUAGUUCAAGCUGAGUUUGCUUUAGAAGGGGCUGAAUCUGAGCGAUCAAAACCUACUGAUGCUAGACAACAUACAAGGGAAGCUGGACAACAUAUUACUAACGAUAACUGGACAUCGGUUUCCAGCAAAAAAAGGACUCCAAGCAGCAAAAAACUAAUGCAGAUCGCAAAAAAGAGUCCAUGUGUACCAAAAAAUUCAAACUCAUUUUCUGCUCUUGGUAAUGUGAAUGAUAAUGAUGGGAAGUUGACUGGAGAGAAUUUACAGCUGGUUGAGAGUUAUAAGGACCAGAAAUUGGAUCAAAAUAGCUUAUCGACUCCAGCGGCAUUGAAUAAAGCUCUUGUUACUAUGAAUCAGAAUGAAGGCAAGACUACUGAUCCAAAUAUGCAACUGCUAGCCCGUGAUCAAAAUGAAGGGAAGGUAACUCCUACGAUACAUUUCUCCAGUCCACAUGUGGAGAAAAUUAUCAAAGAUUCACAUAUUAAAAUAAUGUUGGAUGCCAACCCUAUGUUCAAGCAACCGUUGGUCACCUUGAACACAUCGAUGUAUGAUAUUCCCUCUCAAUCUUGUAAGUCAAUUGGUGAGCAUGGGGGUGAAUCUGGGCAACCAUCAACCUCCACUAGUAAUAACAAAGGAAUAAUUCAAGCAAAGGUGAGGGAGAUGGUUAUUAACUCGAAACAGUGGAACGACCUACGAGAGUAUGAUAAUGAGGAGGGCUGGGGUGACGGAAUUGCUGGUUUUUCAUCUGAAGAAGAUGACCAAGAGGGUGAUCAGGAUAAUGCAGGAGAGGAAAUUGAUGCUCCAGUCAAGCCAAUGUUUCAGGGGAUAUCGGCAGCACCCAAGAACAAUUUGAAUUGUCAUGCACUUGCGGCACCUGCAGCAAGUCCCAACAGCAAGUUGAACCAUAAUGCUCUAGCUUUUGUUCCAAGAAUUUCUGCAAAUGCAGAAGCAACAAAUUUGGGUCAAAAGGCAACAGGAGAUAAUGUGCAACAACAACAACAAUGCUCAGGCGAAAAUUCUGCUGGUGAUCGAAAAGCAACAGUAGUGCCAAAAUCUGGGCAGAAUCAAAUUGUAACAACUGAGCCACUCAUUUCAUUGGAGGAGAGGAAACUUUUGGAUGCAAUGGUAAGCUCUACUCCUCUAAAAUCCUUAAAUCCUGCUACGCUUAGCACUUGCCCUGUAAGUAAGAGCAAGGAAAAAAUGCAAAACAUAGGACAACAACAAAGUAAGACAAUCGUGACAACGACACAAGGAGGAGAUGCCUUAGUGACACUCGAUAUCGUUCAAAGUUCUCCACAACCUGUUAAUUUGGGGAGUGAAUUUUUUGAACAAGGAGAAGAAGAAGCAAUGUUACAAGAAUGUCGUGCACAUGCAUCAAGAAAAGAGGAUCUAUCACCAAGGCAUAGCGACAAAGGUAAAAAGACUCAUACAAGGAAAAAUAGUUGGGACGACAAGGUUAGUGAUUUUUUAAAUGUUAGGCGACCUCCAAUGAGAAAUGCCAAACAAAAGCAGGUCGCCCCAACUACAUCAACAAGGUCCAAUCGUUCUAAAAAGAAAUCAUGAAUUUUGAAUACUUCUUAAAGAAUUGGGAGUGUGAUGAAAAAGAAUUACAAAUUGAAGAAAUUACAAGUUUGGACAAGAAGGGACAACAUUUUAAUUCCUUCAUCAUUUUAUUCUACCAUUAUGUUAGUAUUCUGAUUUGUAAUAUCAUCACAUAAUAUGUUAUAAACUCUGUGGUGAUCACUGAAUAUUUGAUUGUAGCUAGUUCUUUCUUUUUACAUGCUUGCUAAUGAGGCUAUUUUAUACCUCAAUAGGAUUAGUAAGGUAAGGUUUAGCCCGAUUUGUGUUAUAUGGGUAACAAUACCAGUGCUAUUGUCC